AUGACAACAACAAUCAAAGGAUAUGAUUUUGACAAAGGGGUUAAUUAUGAAGAAUUGGUUAAUAGUUACGUUACAACUGGAAUCCAAUCAAGUAAUGUUGGAAGGGCAAUUAAUAUUAUAAAUAAAAUGCUUACUUGGCAACCAAGUGAAGAAGAAAAGAAAGAAUAUGUUGAGGGAGAUGAAAGGUUAAAACGUUGUACUAUUUAUCUUGGGUUUACAUCUGAAAUGAUGACUUCAGGACUAAGAGAUACAUUUAGAUAUCUUGUAGAACAUAAGUGUGUUGAUUAUAUUGUUACAACAGCAGGGGCCAUAGAGACCGAUAUUAUGAAAUGUUUUGGAAACAUAAACAUUGGAGAUUUUUAUAUGAAACCUGAAGAGGUUCAAGGAGAAAGACAUGGCAAUAUGAUUAUACCAAAAGAAAUAAUUGAGAAAACAAAACAAUGGUUAAAAGAGUUUAUCCUUGAUAUCCAAGAAUGUCAAGACACUUCUAUGCCAUUCACUCCUUCUCAAUUAAUUACCAUGAUGGGUGAACGAUUAAACGAUACAACUUCAGUAAUAACAUGGGCAGCAAAAAAUAAUAUUACUAUCUUUUGUCCUGCAUUAACAGAUGGUUUAUUUGGUACCUGUAUUACUGAACUUAAUGAAAUUAAUCCUGUAAGGUUGGUGGUUGAUCUUGUUCAAGAUCUUCGUCUAGUCAACUCAUCAACUAUCCAUUCUGUAGAAACCGGUGUUAUUAUUCUUGGGGGUGGUGUAAUGAAACACCAUAUCAUGAAUGCAAAUUUAAUGAGAAACGGAGCGGAUUUUGCUGUAUAUAUUAACACAGCUGGUGAUUUUGAUGGUUCAGAUGCUAGUGCUCGUCCUGAUGAAGCAGUUUCAUGGGGUAAAAUUAAAAUAGAGUCAGAAAAUGUUAAAGUCUUGGCUGAAGCCUCAUUAGUUUUUCCACUAAUAGUCUCAAAAACAUUUGCGGUAACAAAGCGAUUUGAUGGUAAAAUUUAG